AUGGAUUCAAAUUCAAAGCUCCUAAAGCCUGUUGAAGAAGGUGAAGCAGACUUGAUUAGCAACUUACCCAGCAGUCUCAUCCGCCACAUCAUCUCCUUCCUUCCAACAAAAAUUGUGGUGCAAACUACGGUCUUGUCCACGAAAUGGAAACAUCUCUGGACAUACGUACCUAAUCUCGACUUUGAUGAUUGGAGAGACAAUUACUGGUCAGACGAAGUAUGCUUCAUAGACUUAGUCGACAGAGUUCUCACACUUCAUGUAUCGGAUUUGCAGAAAUUCCAUAUGAAAUGUCAUGAAACAUACGAUGAUUCACAUCUUCAUUCAUGGAUUGUUGCUGCAUUGUCACCUUUUUACUUGUACUACUCUGGUAUCACUCGAACUGGUUGGUUUUUUUUUUUACGUAAUGUUCCUACAUUGGUUCGUCUACACAACCUUAAAAUCCUGUGUCUUGAUUCAAUAGAAUUCUCAGAUGAUGAAUCUGUUAAAAGGUUGUUUUCUAGCUGCCCUUUGCUUGAAGAUUUGUCUAUAAAAGGAUGCCUGUGGGGAGAAAUUACUGUGUUUAACAUUUUUGCUCCUGCUCUCAAGAGGUUGAUUAUAUAUUGUGAGACUGGUGAGGAGUUGACUAUUGAUUGCAAGUACAAGGUUGUGCUUAACACACCAAAUCUUCAACACUUUGAUUACGAUGAUUAUGUAGCCGUAGACUAUUCACUAAAUAACUUAAAUUCUAUUGUCAACGCCAAGAUUAAUUUAUUAAGCUGCAUUCCGGAAACAAGCAGCCCUGUUCGUGAUCAAUCUCUAUUAGAACUUUCUAUAGCAAAAUUUGUUGAGGGAAUAUCUAAAGUUCAGAGACUUUAUUUAUCUGGUUCUUCUGUACUGACCUUUGGGUUGCGCAGGUAUCCAUUGCCAAAGUUUCCCCAUUUAAUUUAUUUGGAUCUCGAAGAUAGAUGGAUUGGAUGGCAAAUGCUACUCGAUUUUCUUGAGAGCUCGCCACAACUGGAAACUCUAAUCUUUGCGGGUCUUUUACAAGAUCUAGGUACGGAAAACCAGACAUGCCGCUGGUAUGCGCCUGUGAAUGUGCCUUCUUGUUUGUUGUUUCAUCUCAAGGUAAUUAGAAUUGGACGUUUCCAUGGGAGGAGAGAUGGGAUGCAAAUGGCAAAGUAUUUCUUGAAGAAUUCAAGAGUUCUGAGGGAAUUUGUGACUUAUGCCUCCAAUGAGGAUUCCAGGGAGUUUCGCUGCAGAAGAUACUUACCCAGCCCACAAUUGCAAAGGCAUUUGGUUACAAAAGGAAUCUCAUACUGCGAUCUCUUGAGGGAUGACGAAGUAUUUCAAACUUGCUAUUCUUUCUCGUCGGAGUUCCGCUAACAGAUAGUUACUCAGCCCUCUAGUAGUUGGAUUUCUGCCGGAGAAAAUUAAGAGUUUAGAAUUUUAAGACCGAUCAUAUUUAUUUAUGAAAUUGGGGGAGAAGUACACAAAGAAUUCGUACUAUUCUCUUAUUUCAUAUAUUAAUAUGGAAUGUAAGCUAAAUUUCAUGGUGAUUAAGAGUGUAGAAAAAUGAAAUUGAGUGUUUCUCCUUCCCCAAUUUGCCAUAGCCCUAGAUCUAUAAGUUCAUCUCUAUCUCUCUAAAAUUUCUUUGGACUAAUAAAGAUGGUAUAUUUUGUAGUUUAAGAUUUUUUUUUUUUUUUUUUU